AUGGCAGCCAGCAGCCGUGAAGGAGGUGGCGGAGUAUAUGAAAUAAGUUUUCAACCUGACGAGGAAUUAUCAGAGUUCUUCACCAAGAUAUGGGAACUAGACAACAAAUGCAGCCCUGGCCAAGAUUUUGGGAUUGAUCUUCAAGGCUAUGCUGGUUAUCAGUCAAGAGACUUUGCAAAGGACAAUCUUUUUGAGUGGUUUCAUGAGGAAGACAUCUUCAGUCGACCCACAUAUGCCGACCAUUCCCUGCAUUCACCUCUACCCCCAUCUCUUCUUACACUCCUGGUAACCUCACAAGUGCCACUGAUGAGAGUGAAAAACCCUCCAAUGCGACUUUCUUCUCUUAUAUUGCUCUUUCUGGUGUCAUGCUUAUCUCUCUUACCCCUCUUUUGUUUUAGCGACCAGGAUUCAUCCAGUUUUGAACAUGUCUUUGUUGGUGAGACCAAACAAGAGGGGAUGAUCGGCCUCCACAACUGGUUGCAGUAUUAUCUCCAGGAGAAAGCUGGUAAUAUUGAUUAUCAAGGCUACAAACGAAGGUGUACAGUUCUGGACGAUGAGGUUGAUCGCAUAAUAUGUACCAAGUUCCUGUGGCGAGGCCGAAAGGGCAAAGCAGCGUGCAGCAUGUUCCUGGGAAGCAGUCCAGAAUUUGACAUUGCAGUGUUCAGCACCUGCUUCCUUAUGGGCAAGAUUGGUCACUGUGACUAUCAGAUUGGGGAAUACGAGGUGGAGGUGGUCGUCUACUCUUUUGGUUCUGUCAUUGGCACAGCUUACAUCGUUCCAGCACGCAUGGAUGAGGAUGACGCCAAGAAAUGAUGGAAAGAAGACAAGACAGGGAUGGAAAUGCUGCUGAUGGGAGGAUGAGGAAGAAAGAAAACACUACAAAACUCACAUGCAUACACACACAUUCAGAUAUAUGCACACACACACACACACACACACACACACACAUAUAUAUAUAUAUAUAUAUACUUUAAAUAGAAUAAGAUAACAAAGCCAAGGCAAUGUGAUAUUUCUAGGACAUUUAUAAAGAGAAAGAUGGUCUUACAGCUGUUUCAGGGGAAUAAACUAAAUCCCAUCAUCAGAGACGAGUUAAGAGAAUUGAAAUUGAAGGAAUUAGUAGAGUUCGUUAUAAAAGAAGUUAUAUAAUAAGAAAAGGAGGGAUACAGAAGUGAGUUUAACAGCACUUAGAUAGCCUUACCUGCCUUUUGGAUCUUCCGGAUACCAAAGCUUCUCAUUAUAUAUAUAUAUAUAGAGAGAGAGAGAUAGAUAGAUAGAUAGAUAGAUAGAUAGAUAGGUAGAUAGAUCAUAGAGGAGAAUCAGAUAUUCUCCUUAUAGAACACAGUUGUGCCCAAGAGAUUUAAACUUGAGUGAUUAGAGAAGUGAAUGUAAGUUUAAACAAGUUAGAUCAAUAUAUGAUGUGUAUUAAAUACACGAAAUACAAAAAAAUGUGUAGAAGUAAAAUGGUUCAACUUACUCAGAGUACAAAUGACAGAGGGAAUUAAAGGGGUUGAGGAAAAGUAUUAGAAAUCCAAAGCUAUUUCUGGGGUCACAGUGGUCCAUAGUAAUGUUUGUAGAUUGAUUCCAUCAUAGGAUGAGACAAGCUUCCAUCUUCAGGGAAAAGAUCUUAAAGUUGAGAUGUUAAAGGAGAGGAAGACAAAAAUCUGUGUCUUUAGCUUAUCCCUACAUUUACUUUAUAUAUAUAUAUAUAUAUAUAUAUAUAUAUAUAUAUAUAUAUAUAUAUAUAUAUAUAUAUAUAUAUAUAUAUGUAUAUACACACACACACACAUAUAUUAAAGAAGUCUUAGGCCUACAGGUUGUGGGGCCUGAUGAUACGCCAUAAAGCUAAAACCUUUAUGGACAGGAAACCCAUAGUUAUCCCAUAAACCGGCCUUCCCCAUUGAUAUAUAUAUAUAUGUAUAUAUAUAUGUAUAUGUGUGUGUGUGUGUGUGUGUGUGUGUGUAUAUAUA